CAAAUAACACAUGCGCCCUUUGAAUGAUCGCUGUUGGGAUUGUAGCGUUGAGCCGGAGGAAAUUUUGUGAAUAAAGGAAAAAUACGGAUGGAUCCGUUAGUUGUAGUAGCCAUAGAUUUUGGGACAACGUACUCGGGAUGGGCGUUUUCAUUCAGACAUGAAUAUGAGAGGGAUCCUAUUAAAGUGUCUUCAAAUAUCUGGCAAGGUGGAACUUUAGUCUCACAAAAAGGGCCAACCUGUAUUUUGAUUAAAUCAGACGGAAAAACAACCGAAUCCUUUGGCUAUGAUGCAGAAACUAAAUAUGCUGAAAAGGUUGAAGAAAACGAGCAAGAUCAAUGGUUCUUCUUCAAAAGAUUUAAAAUGUUGUUAUUUAAAGACAAGGGCAUGAAAAGAAAUGCUACACUUGAAGACGAAAGUGGCAAAAAGCUUCCAGCAAUGACGGUUUUUGCACUUUCUAUUGAGUAUCUCAAAAAGGAUGUCCUGGAAACUUUGGGCAAGCAAGUUGAUACAGGACUGACAGUGGAUGAUAUACACUGGGUGCUUACUGUCCCUGCAAUAUGGAAUGACGCAGCUAAACAGUUCAUGAGGGAAGCAGCUCAGAAGGUUGGAAUACCAGGGAAGAAACUGAGAAUUUGUCUUGAGCCAGAAGCCGCUUCAAUUUACUGUCGGCAUCUUCCGGUGUCGAAAUCAUCUGCCAAAGGAGAAAAAACAUCCUUUGCUCAAUUUUCAUCUGGGACAAAGUAUCUCGUGCUUGACGCCGGAGGCGGAACUGUUGACAUCACUGUUCAUGAAGUCACUACAAGCGGUGAGUUGAAGGAACUACACAAGGCAAGUGGAGGUGCAUGGGGAGGAACUAAAGUAGAUCACGCUUAUGAGGCGUUUCUCACAAGCUUUGUUGGUUCUGAGGUCAUCAUGAAAUUCAAGAAAAAGCACAUGGAUGACUACAUCGAUGUCUUCCGCGAUUUCGAAAUAAAGAAACGACAAAUUUCUCCGACCAAACAAGAAAAGGUUACGAUCCGUAUGCCUACUAGUCUUUCAACACUAUGCAGUGAAAUGAGAAGCAGUGAUUUGAAAAGCUUAAUCUUACAGUCACGUUUUGGCGGCAAAGUGAAAGUUUUGAGCGAUAAAUUAAGGGUAGAUGCUGAUGUAGUCAGAGAAUUCUUCAGGCCAACUGUCCGAAACAUAAUUGAUCAUGUCGCUACUCUACUGAAGGAGCCUUCAGUCCAUGGUUGUGCAGCUAUUCUAAUGGUCGGUGGAUUCUCUGCAUCGCCAAUGUUACAAGAGAGCGUACAGGCAAAAUUUCCAAAUCUAAGAAUAAUUGUACCUGAUGAAGCCGGCUUAGCAGUUUUGAAAGGAGCUGUCUUCUUUGGUCAUGAACCUACAGCAAUCACCGAAAGGGUCUGCAAGUAUACAUACGGAACAGGUACAACCCAUAAGUACGACGAAACAUGCGAACAUCCUAAAGGAAGAGUCGAAAGGGAUGGAAAUGGAGACCUGCGAUGUUACGAUAUUUUUAGCAUCCAUGCACGUUCUGGCCAGUCUGUCAAACUCAAUGAAGAACAGCCGGAACAGAGUUAUAGUCCCGUAUCUGACGACCAAACAGAGAUUGGUUUCAAGAUAUAUUCAUCAUCUACAGCACAUCCGCAUUUUAUUACCGAAGAAGGAUGCAGCCUUAUUGGAGAGUUGACGAUUCCUAUUUCCGAUACAAGUUUGGGAAAGAAUCAUAAGUUUGGUACGAGUUUUAUAUUUGGCGGGACAGAAAUAGUUGUGAAAGUUGAAGACAAGGCAACAGGCUACGUGACUCAUGAAUCAGUCAAUUUCCUUGGAUGAAAUACAAAGUGACAUUGAAAAUAAAUAUUCGUGAACUCUUUAAAACUAGUAACCGGAGCAAUCGUUUACAAAGAUAAAACAUUAAAAUAGCUAAUAAUAUACCUAUUAUGAAUACUAUUAAGAUGUUGAAUAUAACAUUCUUUAAAACAUCUAAAUUUAAUCAGCAAGUGAAACUUUCAGUUUUGGUAAUUUUGUAACAACCUGUUUUGCAUGAAAUAUGUAUGUAAGUACAAAUUGCAACAAACUUCCGCUGGCUAUUUGCCCGUGCAUUUCCAAAUAAACGUCGAAGUUAUUAGACAUCAUCCUAUUGGAUACAACAUGUACAGUCAUCUUCUAAAGACAAUAUAUUCACAUCAAUAUUAUAUAGAUACUAUUUAGCUCUUUAAUUUUAAUGAAAGACGACGGACCUGUUAAAGAUCCGCCACAAAAGAAAUUAACUACCAUUUUCUUGUAUGAACUUUGCGAAAAUCAUUUUAAUAUUAUAGCUAUAUUACAGCUAUACCACCAAAUGGCAGGUUGACAAUUCGAGGCCCUUCCUGCUUGUAUUCUCACAACUUUACCUGUUUAUGCGUUUAGCUUUAUUUUAUUCAGUGAUUCUUUUUUCAGUAAAUUGCAUAGUUUUUGAAAACCACAGCGUAAAUAUAUCUUAUACAGAAAAAACAAGAUGUGGUUUAAACUGAACUAAAUAUACUAAGUACAGUGAUACGACUGCAAUAAUUUUAAUAAAAUGUUUAUACAGUAAAACCCCGUGUCCUGGUCCUCUAAAUAUCACUGUAAUGUAUAUAUAUAUAUAUAUAUAUAUAUAUAUAUAUACCCUUUAUAUUUCUCAAUGUUUGCAUGUAAAUCAUGUAUGAUUAUACCAUAACUGAAACACAACAUAACAUAAUUCUUCUGUGGUGGCUCUUUAAUCAUGAAAGUGUUAUAAUAGUUCCAAGGUCGGUUCUGAGGCAAUGUUCCCAUAUAUGUAAUGUUAAUACCUUUAAAUCAUUUCAUAGCUAAGGGAGCUAAUUCAUUGCGCCUUUUCUGAAAUAUAAUACUUGAGAAGAACGCUUGAACAAACUUUCUGUUUUAGCAAUGUAAACAGAAAAUACUAUUCUAUUUAUUACUCAUUUGUAUUGUUUUAUUUACGCGUACUACCUCUGUAGAUGCCGUUUGUUGGGGGAGCUCAUUUCAAAGUUCUAUAUCAUCAAAGGGAUAAAACGUCGUUCAUACAUGCAGCAGAGGAGUGUGUAGAUAGAUCCCUUUGAACGGUUUCCUUGCUAUGCGGGAGGUAAAUCGAGUUUAAAAUUUGUCUGUAUCGCAGGGUGCUACUUCCAUUGCCUUAUCAAAUUACCCUUGUUAUCUGGACUCGGAAACGUUUUAUGGCUUCAUUUUUAAUAAUAUAAACAAAUUAAUGUGCGGUAGUUCGAUUUCACUUUCUUUGUACAAAUAAAACACAAAUAUUGUUCUACAACCAUAAUAGGUUUGAGCUCAAUUAAGUGAAAAUGAUAUUUCCGGGUUCUGGGUUAAUCUCAACAUCACCUCCUAAUAUAAGUAUAAAAUCAGUUGCAAAAAAAUGUGGAUAAUACAUCAUAUAUCCAUACACAGUAAACAGAACUAUAAAAUACUCAAAGAAUUUUAUUAUAGAACAAUUGAAUGACAACCUUUGUAUAUGGUAUCCAAAAGUUUGGAAAAUGCAAUUUUAUAAAAACUUAAGCAAUAAAUAUUUUAAAGAGACGUCCAGCUGACGGUCCUUCUUUUCCUUACAUAGGAAAUCAUGUGCACACUAUAGCAACGACUACUGUAGAUAGGGUAAGUUUCGCGUGGCUAGCGAUUUCUGGUUAACAGCCUCAUUGACUGGUCUAUUAUAUCCAAUUUGGACAGAACCAUUUAUUAUUCGAAGGAGUGUUUACUGAAAAUUAACUGACUAAAUAGCGAACAGUGCAGUCUAUUAUCAGCAUGAACGAAUGUGAAGGCUGACCUUUGUCUGCACUGGUCGCAAAGGUAGAAUCAGUUGCCGCCAGCAGGCGGCUAAAAGUCGCAAAGUGUCUUUAAAUUACUAUUGAAUUUUAAAACCAAAUCAGAAUUACAAAAGUAAAAUUUAGCAAAAUAUUUACGCAAUUUGUAAUAACGGUAGCCUUGCUGAAGAAGUUUACUUGUAAUGUAUUGAUUACGAUCAUUUAAAUCCUUGACAUGACUACACGCUCUGGCAAACGGAAUUAAUUGAGAAAUAUAUACCCAAUAAGAUGUAGCCUGAGGUACAUCCCCAUCCAAAAGGGGAAAAUUUACAAUACUAAAAUUAAAAUCAUCCCUCUUGUAAUAAAUUUUGGUAUGUAUAAUAUUGGCAUAAUAGAGAGAUGUACAGUAAAUCUAAAAAAGAAGCAUCAGUAUCCGAAUUGUUAGUUUUAAUUAACUGAAGCUCCCUAGGAUAAAUAGUACCCACCAAAUUACCAAAAAGACUUGUUGAAGAUUAAUAUAAUAGGGUUAUUAUAACAGUAGCUUGAUCUGGGAUGCUGUAUUCGGCUCGAGUGGACUUUUGCCAGAUCGGAUCUCACGAGGCGCGCAAGCGCCGAGUGUAAUCCGACCUUGCAAAAUCACGAGAGCCGAAUACAAAGUCCCAGAUCUAGCUACUGAUAUAAUGACCCUUUUAAUUAUGUACCUCUACCUUUUUGUUUGUUGUUUUGUUAUUGAACGAAAUCUUCAGUGUUUAUCGAUAUUAAAAUGGAACUAUAAGUAAA